AUGGUUUACAAUAAGCGCAAGGAACCCCCCGGCGAUCACCUCCAAAGGCUCAAACGUCAACGACACCAUGCAGCAGUGGCAAUCAUGCAAGCCGGAAGUUCAACUCGUGCCCCAGCACAAUUCCAUCCAGCGCUAGCACCCAUACCUGGGGUUAACUCACCACUCGGCACUCUCGGUCGCCUUCCUCCAGAGCUUCGCCUCUUCGUCUACGAGCACGCUGUCUCCAACGGCACCGCCCCAGCCCUCAUGUCCACCAGCCGUGCCAUCAAAGAGGAAUUUGAGCCUCGCCUCUAUGACACCCUCGACCUGCACCUCUACCCAGGCAUCGCCGGACCCUGGUACAAGGUGACUUUCCGCGGCCUCCAAGACGCCCACCGCUACGUCCUGGAUGAAGACCACGUCUACGAAUCUAAAGGUGGACUGCGCUGCAUACCCUUCCACAAGAUGAAAAAGACCCGGCUAAUCGUCCACGCGCCCGAGUUUGACCCAAACCCCAGAGCAAGAAACGAGGUCCAACUGCUUUCUCUCAUGCUCAAGUUCGAUGUGUUCAUUCAGGCCCUACUGGAUUGCCACUCAAAAAAGCUUCACCUCAUCAAGUCAAAGAUUGAGUUGGAUCUGCGCCCUUUUAAGGGUAAUACCUGGAAAACAAGCCAAGUAGCCCUUCUCGGCGAGACCAUGGCCGCUUUCUGCCGGAACCCCUUCCCUGCGUUUCCAUUUCUUCGCUCCCCAGUUACGCCUAUUUGGACUACAGAUUUCUUCCAUAUCUUUCUAGCGCGCUUACACAAAAACCCCGAGUUCAAGUAUGUUGUCUCCGACGGCUCGUCGCACAAGCUCGCGGACCUCGUGCUAGCUUUGCAGGUCUGGUACAAUAUUUGCUUGGACCACGGAAAAGGGGACAUGGUCGACGCGCUUAAGACGAGGAGGCUGAGGAUGAACAUGCUGAAGCACUUCCUUCGCCCAAGGUGCGCGACGUGGGUAAAUCCGUGGUCUGUGACUGGUGCUCAUUAUCCAGAGGCACAGUUGCCGGAGGUUAUGAGGAAGUUGUUGAAGCCGCACGAGUUUGAGGAUGAAUAUCAGGAUAUUUGA